CGCUCCGGCCCCGCCCCCGCUUCCGGGGAGAUCCAUGGCUCUGGCUCUUCGCGCGGGCCUGCCGGUCCUCGGCGCUCGGCUGGGCAUGCCUGCGGCGCUGCCAUGGAGACGCGCCCUGCGGCCAACGGGCGCCGCCUGGGUCUGCGCCGCGCCCGGCCCGCGCGUCCUGGGGACUCCACGGCGCGGGGCGUCCCAUGCCCGGAGCAGGAAGAAGGCGCCGUGCUGGUGAGGACCAGGCAGCCCUCAGCCUGCAGCCGAGGACCACCUGGGCGAAGAGUUGCAGACUAGCCUGACCAGGAGCCCAGAGCAGACGCUGGCUCCACCCCCUGGUGGCAGCCCCCCCAUCAGGCCGGAGCCGCCCUAGGCUCCUGUGGGGGCAGGCGGCAUGGGCGCUGCCAGGGACUUCUGUCGAGCUGCACAGUCCCCUUUCGGAGGGCACCUCUUUUCAAGUUAGCGGGCCAAGCCCUGGUGUCAGCAUCACAGCAAACACUGACGAAUGCCCUCCCCCGACCCCCCCAGGUAGGUGCCUGGUCCCGGUCAGCGCCACGCCCAGCACAGUGCUCACAGCCGUCACCGGAGCCGCUUACCCGCUUGUCCUCACGGAAGGUCUAGGCGUCUUCAGAAUGCUCAGCGGCUCCUCUCCAGCAUCCCCACACCACCACCCUCGCCAGGGUGCCGCCCCCCGCCUGCCCGAGCCCUCUUCUCCACCAUCAGAUUAAACCGGGAACCAGCCCUCGGACCGCAGCCGGAAAGGGUGGGCCUCGGAGCGGCCAGCGCAGUCGAGGCCCGGCCCCAGGCCUCUGCUCAGGGCGAGGCGGGAUGAGCGGCCGGGUCCCGCUGGCGGAGAGGGCCCUGUCCGAAGGCCACGCCAGGCGGCGGUUCCGGGACACGUCCCUGCUCAUCUGGCAGCAGCAGCAGCGGGAGCUGGAGGCGGUGCCGCCCGGGACCUACCUGAGCAGGAGCCGCAGCAUGUGGUACUCACAGUACGGGAACCAGGCCAUCCUGGUCCGGGACCGGAACAAGCUCGAGGUGUCCCGGGACACGGGCCAGUCCCGGUUCUGCUCCGUGAUGUGACCGCGCGGUGCGAUCCGGGCCCGGCGCCCGCGUGAGCGUGGCCGUGUCCCCGCCAGCCGCCUGCGGCUUCCAGGCCUCGUGGGGAGACCAAGUGGUGAAGGUGAGGACCCAGCGAUGGGGCAGGAACCUGGGGCCCCGGGUUCCGGGCUGCUGGGCAGUGUCCUCUGGCCUCCAGCUGGCGGUGAGCUUUUCAUAUUCCAGAAACCAACAAGAGCCCCCGGUUACCGAUAAUCUUUCCAAGCUUGGGAGGUUGUGUUUGCUUUUUUGUCAUUCUAAUUAAGGUGGCAUUCAGUAUUAUAUCAGUUUCAGGUGCUAGGUUGCUUUUUAAAAAGCAUGUUUUUAUUGAUUUCAGGGAGGGAGAGGGAGAGAGAAACAUCAAUAAUACGAGAGAAU